AAUUUAUCGACGCUAUGGGUUUUAGGCGCAUCUGUGCAAAUUGUAUCCAGAGCGGUUGAUUUCCAAAAACGUUUAUGAGGGUUCCUAGAGAGGUGAAAAUUAGAGAAGGAACAACGAACAUGGACGAAAUCAUGGAUCCAUAUUUAUUAAAUUUUCAGCAUGUCGAAAAAUACAAAAUAUUUCAAUUUACAUUUCAAUCAUUUCACAAAAUUUUUGAUUUUAUGCAAAUUAAUUCAAAUUUAUUUCCUGAUCAGCGUUUUGAUAUGCAAAAGAUUCAUGGUCGCAAAUUCUGCAGAGAGUUUGAAGAACAUUGAAAAUAGAGGAAAACGCGUUAAAGUACACCUGCCCGCGCCGGUGAAACGCGACGGCAUCAACUCGCACUAUCCGCAACGAUCGACAUACCGAUGUACGCUUUCCUCGAUGAUUCACCCUUGGUGUGCCCGUCCUCUGCGACAAGCACUCGCGACGAUGCCACGUCGUGCAUGACCUCUUCUGCAUUCCGAAACGGCAAGAGGAGCAGCACGACACAGAGCUCGCAGGUUAAUCUUAUCCCUGGGUCGUUUGCAGGAAAACGGCGCGACCGGUCGGCAAUGUUGAAUGCUCGUUCUAGGUCUUGUUCUCGAAUACGGUCUAAGACGAUGGGAAAAUCAGCGCGGCCAACUAGCUGCGUGGACGAGGCAUUCACAUCGAUGAACAGCGAGCAUCGGUCGGCCGUCGCUGGCAGCAUGAGGCAACGCGGGCAGCGCGUCCUCCAACGCUUUCUCUUUUCAAGGAGGAGCGGGAAAGCGAGGUAUGCAUCAAACAAUAUCAUCGUGCGCCAUGUCACGAUGUUGCUCGCGGCUGCCUUCUGGGAAAAAAUGCUCCCUGCACUCGCAUUGUAUCGACAAACAUGUGAGCCUUCCGAGGUGCUAACGCAAGUGAAAAACACCGGCGGCAUGGUAGAAGCGUCCACAUGCGCGACGCCCUGUGUCGCUGGUAACGGGUUCUCAUGCCCCGCUGAGCCGAUGAUAGCUGCAAAGCCAGUAUGCGCUUUGCAAGGGCCCGACCUCGCUUCUUACUUCUGUGCCCUGGCGUGCAAUCUCGACAACGAGUGUCCACCUGGAGGCACCUGCCGUCAGAUUGUGAGAAGUACAUCACUUUUAACAGAGCCAAUACUAAAAGUUGUUGAGACAAGUAUCAAUGUUUUUCUCCUUGUCUUCACUCUUCAUCUGCUUCUCGAUCAUCGAAUCAGUGCAUUUUUUGAUUGUGGUGUAUAAGUAGCUGCUAUUUUUAGACAUUUUCUUGUUUAGGACAGUGAGUAGUGGCACUUACUACCUUGGUGGAUGUAUCUCAUGACACUUUGGAAUUCAUCUCCGGCUUUCGUUCAUCAACCACACAGCGCCUGCAGUACAGAGGGUAUUAGGUGUGUGCAUCACGCCAGCAACUGCUGACGCUGGAGUUAUGAGGACAACGGUUGCUCCUGCGUUCCCACCAGUACAAGGACUUGAGCGGGUGUGGACAACUAUCGCACCGAUGCCAAAUCAACAAGUGCGGAGUCUCACAUCAUCGGGAUCAGGUCCUCUGCGUUCAUCGUCUGAUCCAAUUUUCUAAAAACAAUAGGAAGAUUAGUAGUUCUUGAUCUCCUUCUCCUGACUACAACAAUUACUCCUGGAAAAAGGAACAUUGUUCUGAAGGCGGUUGGGACCAUGGCUUUCACCGUUUUGGUGUAGUAGGAACUACAUUGUUCUUCUCUAGUCAUGAUUAAGUAGAUUCACUUUCAUUUUCGGACGAAGGAAGAUGAAGAGAAUGAGGAAGAAGUACAAGACAUCCCCGCACUCAAUUUUAGUUCCUAUCGCUGGCGGAUCGCCUGGCGAGCAGGCGUUAAAGAUGUUGGCAACCGUCUAUAACAUACCACCGACGGACACGCAGUUUGUUAAGGCGACGUAUAACAGAACUUUCAGAUUUAGAGAUGCACCUAGCAGUACCAGUAGCUGGUAGUACUAUGAUGAUGACGAUCAUUUUUCGUUCCUGAAAGCAACGCAGAUUGUUAUCACUCGUGAGCAGGAAUCACACGCUCAUCGCCACUAGUUUUCAGCAACAGGAAGCGACACGCUCUAAGAAUUGCAUAAUCCAGACGCAACUCCAGAACUGCGGAUCAAGCGGAGUGUCUGUGCCGUCCACAGACGGAAAUUGGUUGGAUGAUGUUGGCCACGAUGUUAAGUACAUUGAAAAGCAUAUUCUAGAGGGCGACAUUAUCUCCAAAGAAUUACACGAUACCUACUGGAAUAUCACGCAUCUCGAUCGCGGAGCCUACGCAAUUCUUCAUAGCCUCACGGUUAUCAUGCUACUAUACUGCGCGAUAGGUACUAUUAUUACAGCUAUGUUGUUGCUUGGUGGGUAUGCUUCCAAAUUCCAAGUUACAAGUUGCUUUUGUUUGGACAAGAAAGGCUGUCUUCAUAUUUGAGGAAAAUUUAUAUGAAAAUCUAUGACCAGACAGUGGAAGUUUGGUGUGUGUAUACCUAUACAUAGAUACUGAGCUUUUCCAAAGAGACCUACUGGAUAUAUGUUCCUCACAUUUUUCUUGAUCUUUUGUAUUGCGUCGUGAAAUGAAUAAAUCUGAAGGCGCUUGCCUGAAAGCGUACGUAACCGGAGCGCAGGGUUGGGAAAGAAUUCCUCACAAGGAAUUUUGGCAGGACUAUCCGAAUCUAGUGGUGGAUGGAAUGCAUAUCACCAAGAAUUUCGUGCAGAUGGAGGUCCUUGCUCGCGCAACCAAGAGUGCCACGGCAGACGGGACACCAGCCGGCUCAUCCUUGGGAGGAAAUCUUCAACCUGGAGGCGGUCUGGGCAACCCUUCGUGGGGCGGUGGCAAUAGCGGCGGGUUCUCAAGCGGGAUGCUGUAACCGUAAUCAAACACAACGCACUGUCGUUUACACGUUUCUUCUAGCGCUUCAUAUUGAAAUUAAUUCGACAUAGGUUGUGAUAUCUCAUCUUUUGGAAUUGGAUUUGGGGACUCGGAUGAAGUAAAGAGCUCACAUAUUUUAAAACUACAUCAGACCGAUUUGCAUCAACCCGUUGUGUGUAAACUGUUCCAAGAAAACGCAACUGGAUGAAAAUUCACUCAACAACUUGAAGAGCGUCGUGACCUGGUGUUGAUCUGGUGUUGCGUCGUACGUAUUAGAUUAUCUCGCGGUCAAUUGUGUUUGUG